ACACACUGAUCUGCAAUUACCCUGUGUGUGUGUGUGUGUGUGUGUGAGAGAGAGAGAGAGAGAGAACGGGAGCACAUGUUUAUGCGUGGAUGUGUGCGUGCGCGCGCGCGCGCGUGUGUGUGUGUGACAGAGGGGAUGUGUGAGCGUGUGCAUGCGAGUGUGUGUGCUAAAGGCAGAUCUCCAAGCAGAGAGGAUUUCGUCGGCUCCUCUUUCCACUCAUCGGCUCAAGCAGCAACCUGACCACCUGGACCGCCUGCCUGCCUGGAGCACAGUUUAGCGGAGGAAGCAUCGUUGAUCGGCAGAAUGGAAUGCAUCAGGAGCGUGGAAGGAGAACCUCUCUCUUGGACCUGCACUCCAUAGCAACCUCCUGGAGGCUGGGGUAUGUUCCCAAUCCAUCAGCUCUGCUGCCUCCGUUUCCAGCCACAUGGGCCAAAUCUGCACUCAUCUGAACUCACCUGCUCUCCUCCUGUGAAGGCAAGGCAGAGCACUUCCAGUCAGAAGAUACUGGACAUUGAGUAGGACGGAGUCUCUGCCAACAUGGAGGCAGACCCAAAACGAUGCUUGAAAAUGAGGUAACCAGAUGUAUCGAGACAAAUCUAUGGCAUUGUUCAAACUCUAAGCUAAAUAUCAAGCUUAAACUCCAUCAUCAUGCCAUUAUACUAAUAAUACAGACUCGGUUAAGCCCUCUACUUGGGCUUGUCUCAGGUAAAGGAGGAUGGGUGAUAGGCCCAUGAAUGUAAUUUUUGACCAACCUCCUCAUCCCAUCCUCACAUGGAUCCUUCUGCCUCCCUCCACACGCCGAGGAACCUCACAAGCCACGGUCAGCUCAAUAGUGGCUGGGCCAAUGGCUCAGGAGUGUCUCUAACCAAUGAUGGAACUCUCUUCCACAUGCUGGCCCUCUGCACCAUGGUCUUGAUGGACAUCCUGGCUGUGGUAGGCAAUCUGACUAUAAUGGCAGUCAUUGCCAGGGCACCGCGCCUGCACAAGUUCAUCUUCGUCUUCCACCUGUGUCUGGUGGACCUCUUGGCUGCUUUAGUGCUAAUGCCUCUGGGGAUGUUGACAGAGCAGGCGUUCUUUAAUGAAACCGUGUGUCAGGCAUACCUAUGCUUGAGUGUUGGCCUUAUCAGCGCCACCAUCCUCACCAUCUCAGCCAUCAAUGUGGAGCGGUACUACUACAUCGUGCACCCGAUGCGCUAUGAGGUUAAAAUGACCAUUGGUCUGGUAGUAUCUGUUCUGGUUGGCAUAUGGAUCAAAGCAACACUCAUGGCUACUCUUCCUUUGCUGGGAUGGACGCUUCAGAGGGAGGAGGAAGUGCAGUCGAACCUGGUGUUGGAACCUAGAUGCUGCUCUUUGCAUUCGAUGAAUAGGGGGCCCCAUCGCUUGGUUUUUAUGCUCCUCUUUGCACUCAUAUACUUCCUCUGUCCGGUAUUUAUCAUUCUUGUGGUUUACUGUAACAUGUUCAAGGUAGCCAGAGUAGCGGCUAUGCAACCAGGUCCCGUGCCUACAUGGGUGGAGACUCCACGGCCUCGUUCGGACUCUUUAAGCAGUCGUUCCAGCACAGCAGCAAGCCUUGCAACAACUCGCAACACACCACAGAGGACAUUUGGUGGUGGUAAGGCGGCAGUUGUACUGGUGGCUGUUGGGGGUCAGUUUCUAGGCUGCUGGCUCCCCUAUUUCUCUUUUCACCUCUACUCAGCCAUUGUCGCCUCCUCUCCUGCUUCACUGGCUCAAAUAGAAGACGUGGUCACUUGGAUAGGUUACUUUUGCUUCACCUCCAAUCCCAUUUUCUAUGGCUGUCUGAACCGGCAGAUCCGUGAGGAGUUGGCAAGAAAUGUGGCAUGCGUCUUUAAGUGGGGGAGGCCACGUGACGAGGAAGAGCAGUUGCCCAGCAGAGAGGCUUCUAUCGAAGAGAACUUCCUCCAGUUCCUCCAGGGCACCGGUUGUAACCUGGGGCCCAGGAACUCACAAAGCAUCUCCGUCCCCCAGAAGGAUGAUGAGGACACUCUCUCUGCUCAUCACAGACCUUCGGUCGACUUCCACAUUCCUGGACAGAUCAUGGAAGAGACGUCAGAAUUCAUUGAUCAGCAGCAGCUGAAUGAUCUCAAUAUAACAGGCAACUGUUUCAAAACAAUGUCUGAACUGCAGGGUUAAUAUUUACAGAAUAUUUAUGGAAUAUAUGUCUUUUAUUGUUAGAAUAAUUUGUUGUGAAUUCUUUUUGAUAACCUGCCUGAUACUUUGUAUUUGGAGAUAAGGCUAAUGUUUGAUUUUUAGGAUUCAAUUUUAUGGAACGCAUUCUGGUAGAACUCCGCUUAUAUACAACAGUUGCUCUGCGUGGGACUGACAAGAAAUGAUCUCAUCACUGCAACUAGUUACUAAUCCUUUAUUUUUUCAGUCCACCAAUUAUAAGAAUAUGAGAGGUUGCCUGUUACAGGAACAAGCCAUUGCUUAAUUAGGCCUACUACUUGGCAUUAGAAGUGUGAAAUGACCCACGUGACUAUCAGAGGUGGCUUGAUGGGCCCUUGUCUAUUACAGUGUAAUGCAGGUUUACAGUUUCUACAUGUAUGAACAUGUGUAUAAACUAUGGUGUCCUACAAAGUUCCAGAUACUGAGGUUUAUGCAACUAUGGCAUAAAUGUAACAUGAACCAUGAAGUUUUUUUAAUGGAGGAAAAUAUAUGGAGUUUGGGUCUUUGGCUAUAUAAAUAGAGAAACAUUUUGAAUUGGAAAAAACACAAAACAAGCAUUGCCCUAGAAGUCACACACUUUCUACACCUUGUGACACGACAAGCACAGUAUCCUCCGGGCUUUGAGCUUUAUGAAACACCUGAUUAUCAGAAUAGUGGAAGCAUCAGAUAACUGGGUCAGACAGGGUUAGCUGGGAGCAUGGAUCACUAUAAAUGUGCUCUAAGAUCUUAUUUAGCUUUAUAAAAACAGGUCUGAAAAAGUCAAUUAAUUUUGCCUUUCAACCCACUUUCCUAGUCAGUUUCACACAUCGGAAACAAGUUACAGGUCUUAAUGAUCAAAGGAGGCCAUUUUGUUUAAACAUAGCAGUCAGGUACAAUGUGUCAGACUGGUUAGCUUCUCACAUUAAGGAGUACUGUGCUAUGAAGAAAAACAGAUCACAUGAGUAUUUGACUUGUGAUGUAUGCAGCCAUCAGCUUUGAAAAAAUCCUGCUGUUGAAAGAGUCAAACGCCAAUGAUCUUAUAAGGUGAGCAGUAUUGUAGCUUGGGUUUACUAGAGAGGUAGGGGUUCUUCUGAUUGUGAAUAGACACUGCCAAUGUCCUGUUAUUUAACGGUAAACCCAGAUCUGAUCCCUGCAGUACAGAACUGUUGAAUUAGGAGUAUCAACUUUUUGUGGCUACAGUACACAAUAAAGGCAAUACUUACACAAGUUGAUAAGUUCUUUUGCCCUCUUUUACCACUAAGCUUGAUAAUACCAUUUUCUCCCUAUGAGUCUUUUUCUUCUUAAGUAUAUUUCUUUCUUUCUAUUACUAUUCUAAUCUAUUACUAACUUUAACAAAUACAGUAGAAAAUUCUAGAGAAGCUAUUUCAAGUCCAAAAUCUCAUGGUGCUUUACACAUAAAACAAGGCAGGGGUUCCCAGACUAGGGUUCGUGACCCCACAUGGGGUUGCUUGAUUUAUGAAACGGCGUCACGAGGGAAACUCACAAUCUCCUCUUUUGUUUCAUUGAUUUAUUUUACAAAUUAAUAUUUGAAAUAUCAAAGAC